CGGCGACAGUCCAGCGUGAACCGGAAGAGGAACACAUCGGCCAUGAGCAGUAGCAUGUAGCUGCUGCGUUGCACUGAAAAACAACAAGUAUCGUGUUUUAACUGAGCGAUUUUAACUGUUUCAUACAAGUUCAUGUUUUUAUAAACCGUCGGCUCAAAGAUUCUUCACUGGAAAUGGGAGUCCCGGCGUUUUUCCGAUGGCUGAGCCGGAAAUACGCGUCUAUCAUUGUUCACUGUGUGGAGGAGAAGGGGAAAGAAUGUAAUGGAGUCCGUAUUCCUGUUGAUACAACCAAGCCCAACCCCAAUGAGGUGGAGUUCGACAACUUGUACUUGGACAUGAAUGGGAUCAUUCACCCAUGUACACAUCCAGAAGACAAACCUGCCCCCAAGAAUGAAGAUGAGAUGAUGGUCGCUAUUUUCGAGUACAUCGACCGCCUGUUUAAUAUCGUGCGGCCCCGGAGAGUUCUUUACAUGGCCAUCGAUGGAGUGGCUCCACGUGCCAAAAUGAACCAGCAGCGCUCUCGACGUUUUCGUGCCUCUAAAGAAGGCGUGGAGUUGGCAGACGAGAAGCAUCGCAUGAGGGAGGAGAUCAUCAAUAAUGGAGGUUAUCUUCCACCUGAGGAGAUUAAGGAGAGAUUUGACAGCAACUGCAUCACCCCAGGAACAGAGUUUAUGGACAACCUGGCGCAGUGUCUCCGAUACUACGUCGCAGACAGACUCAGCAAUGAUCCAGGAUGGAAGAACGUCACAGUCAUCUUGUCUGACGCCAGUGUUCCAGGCGAAGGUGAACACAAGAUCAUGGACUACAUCAGGAGGCAGAGAGCUCAACCCAACCACGACCCCAACACACACCACUGCCUGUGUGGAGCCGAUGCUGACCUGAUCAUGUUGGGCCUGGCCACACACGAGCCAAACUUCACCAUCAUCAGAGAGGAGUUCAAACCCAACAAGCCGCGGCCCUGUGCACUCUGCAAUCAGAUGGGUCACGAAAUCAAGGACUGUCAGGGGACGGCCAGAGAGAAGAAGGGAGAGCACGAUGAAUUCGCUGACACUAUGCCGGUGUCUGAGCAGGAGUUCAUCUUCAUCAGACUGUGUGUGCUGCGGGAGUACCUCGCCAGAGAGCUGACCAUGGCCAGUCUGCCAUUUCCCUUCGACUUUGAGAGGAGUGUCGACGACUGGGUUUUCAUGUGCUUCUUUGUUGGUAACGACUUUCUGCCUCAUCUGCCGUCCUUAGAAAUCAGAGAGGGAGCCAUUGAUCGGCUGGUCAACAUCUACAAAGACGUUGUGCACAAAACAGGAGGCUACCUGACGCACAACGGCUACGUCAACCUGGAGCGAGUAGAGCUGAUCAUGCAGGCGGUGGGCGUUGCCGAGGACAACAUCUUCAAGAAACGCAAAGAGGACGAUGAAGGCUUCAAGAGAAGAAUGAAAGAGAAACGAAAGAGGAUGAAGGCGGAGCAGCGUGGUCCCGCCUACAUGACCACCGGCCAGUUUGCCCCACAGGCCCUGGGGCGAAGAGACCGACCCGAUACCGUUCAGAACGCACGUCACCAGGCCUACGACAUGAGAAUGCAGAACAGGGAGCAACCUAACAAGGAUGCUGCUCAGUCUCUGAAGGCCAUGAUGAGGAAUGGAGGCAACUCCUCUGCAGGACCCAGUGACGGAGACAGCAGGGGAGUGAAGAGGAAAGCUGAGGACAGCGACAGCGAGCCAGAGCCUGAAGACAACGUCAGGUAAAUCUGAAUGAGGG